CACUAUCCUCCUCCUUCAGUGGGGCUUCUCUGUCGCAGCUGCAGCUCCUCUUUCCCUUCCUCUGGUCCUGUAAAUGAAACGGAAUAAUAAAAUCGAGGGCUUCACAUUUUAACCGUGUCAGAUCUUGGGUAUCCUCCCAGUUUUUUCACCCUGCUUGGGCUUGCCUGCCUAUUGUUUUGUUCUCCCAGCCCCCUUGCUGUCUUUGCUGGUUUGUUAAACAAAAGGACCUUAUGGGGCCUCAGCAGCAAUUGCUAGGCUCAUCCUAUUUUUGUUCAUUCUGCAGCCACCAUGGGACUGGCUAGUGUGCAGAAAGGCACAUGCGCAGUGAGGCAUCUCGGAGCUGUCCGUUCAGCACCAUGCGAUUCUGAAGAGCAGAAGCUGUGGAACUGUAUCCUACAUUGGAUCCCCGCAAGGAGGAUGAGACAUUUCAGCACGGAUAUAUUUCAGUCUAACGUUGGUCAGAUGUCACAAUCCAUCAAAGCUGAUCCUUACUGAGCACAGAGGAGCCCUGUUUGGUGCUGGAAAUCUGGCAGGACCUUCUGUUUGUUCCACCGGAUUAAAGUAUAUUCCCCUUUCAGCAGAAAAGGUUCAUCACUUGGUUAAGGGGAUUUACAGGGCAGUGACCAUUUCUCACUUCCCAUGAAUGAAACUGAAAGAAUUAAUGAAAGAUGUAUCAAUGCCAUAUACAUGAAGUUAAAGGAUCAUAGGGUGGUAUCUGGUUCCAUUGGAUGUAGCUGAUACUAUCAGUUUUAACUAUGGCUCAGGCUGGUGGGGUAGUUCACUUUCUUCCGGAAGGGGACUGCAUUCUUUCAUCUCCAAGAUCUAUUCGAGCAAUUGAUGUUAAGCCAUGGCUGUCGUCAUUGAGUUCUGAUUCAGCUUGUAGUACCCAACGUUGCUUUACACCUACUCUCAACUCUCGGAGAAUCCAGGUUUUGAAAAAAAGCCUCACCCCUGAAACCCGACGUUCUCAUCUUGGAAUGUAUAAUAGUACAGGGUCUUUGGUUUGUAAUCCUUCUGAGACUGUAUAUAAAUCUGGGAGAGUAACAGCACCAUGUAGUCCACUCCGAAGCAGAGAAAAUGAUCCUCUUUAUUCCCCUGGUAGUAGGAAACCCUUAGUUUUGCCUCAGAAUCUUGGACAAAGUUCUAUUGUAACUUUUACAUUUGUCAAAAAAUCCAGUGUUCAGACUUUAAAUGGUGUCUCAACAUUGUGUGACUCUGAUCAAGACAAGCAACAGCGACAGGAAGAAGACCAAAGAGGUCCAUGUUAUAACAAAGAAAAAGAGUCAAGCAUUUGCCUUGAAAAAUCAGCUGUCAAUCCGGACUGUAUUAGUAAUACUGAACUAAAGGUUGGCUCUCCUCAAUUAAAAUUAGCUUCACACUCUAGAGACAGAACACAAUUAGCUUGCAAUAGUCCUCAGACAGGACAAAGAAAAUAUCAUUCUGAAUUUGGGAUACAGAGUCCUUCUUCUGCAAGUUCUCAAGAUUUUAAUCUGAAUCAAUCUGUCAGUUCUUCCAGUCAAUAUGAUUGCUCCAAGAAUCUGUCACUGGACCUAAAGUCAUCUACAAAUAGCCCACUUAAAACCUCAAGUCCAUCACAAAGUCCAUUGUUAAGAAGACUUGCAAAUGAUAGAAAUGCCUGUAAAGAUCAUAUCACGUCUUCAAUCCAGGAAACGAAUGAAGAAUCGUCAAGUAGCGUCAGAAGUCCUAGAAAAUCAGAACCGAACCAACAGGCUGAUCCUUGGGGAUUUCCAAAAGAAGUCUCAUUACAUGCGCAGAAGAUAGCAAAGGCAAAGUGGGAAUUCUUCUAUGGCUCAACUGAUUCACAAAAGGAAGAUUCAGAACAGACUGAGAUACUUUCUACCCCUUGCUCACCAAAUGCCUCUGGUAGUUUAGAAAAGAGACACUGCCAUCAGGAAACUGAUCUGCUCAAACACAAUCUGUGUCAUGUGGAAGUAGAAAUAGAGACUACCUCUUCUGUGGAUCCAAAGCCUGAUAGCUGUGAGACAGGCAUUAUCCGCAGAACUAUUAAAUACUCUGAAACGGAUCUGGACUCUGUACCACUAAGGUGCUACCGGGAGACAAACAUAGACGAUAUACUGGCUGAGAAUGAAGGCUUGGACUCAGCUAUUGGCAGCCAAAAGGACAGUGAGAGCAACACAGAGACAAGUGCUGAGAAAACCAAUGAGCAGAACGAACAAACUACAGUCGAAAACAACCGUGUUUUUGCCAACAAUCCAGGACGGGACAAUGGCGAAGAGGAUGAAGAUGAAGUGUUUGAAGCAACAAAAGUUGGAGAAACCAACAGGGUGAAUGCACAGCUGCCCAUUAAAACCCCACUGCCAUUCCUCCUCUGCCAUCGGCUUUCAGAAGAUGGAAUGGACUCAUUCAGCAAACAUUUUGAAAACAUUAUGGAAUCUCAUAGGGCCAAAGGCACCUCUUACUCCAGCCUGGAUUCUAUUGACAUACUCUCGUCUCCAGCUCAGAAUCAACACAGCUUCUUCACCUUUGACCUGCCAACUCUAACCUCUGAAACUCAGAAGCAGAUCUGCAAAAACGCUCAGCUUAUUGAAGAUAAUUUUGCCCCCUUGGCUCACCUGGAACUGGAUUCUGGAACAAGUUCCACCACUGACUCAGCCUGGAGUGAAAGGGAAGAUGACACUGUGAAUGCUGCAGGGGCAACAAACAAUGCAUUACGCAGCCCUACCCAGUCUGAAGACAGCUUAAUCAUAGCGGAUGCCAUUAUACAAAGUGAACCUCCCCUUGGCAAUUUGGCCUCUGAAUUUGACUCUGAGAUGGAUAGCACAGAGCGAUUAGCUCUAGGAAGCACAGAUACCCUGUCUAAUGGCCACAAGGCGGACCAAGAAGCUGCAAAACGUCUGGCAAAGAGACUUUACAAUCUUGAUGGGUUCAAGAAAGCUGAUGUGGCGAGGCACCUGGGGAAGAAGUACGUCAAUGAGUUCAGUAAGAUGGUUGCAGAGGAGUACCUCAAGUUUUUUGUCUUCACAGGGAUGUCUCUUGACCAAGCCCUCAGGAUGUUUCUCAAAGAGUUGGCUCUUAUGGGAGAGACACAGGAAAGGGAGAGGAUAUUAGCUCAUUUCUCUCAGCGAUAUCAUCAAUGUAAUAGCAACAGCAUCACUUCAGAAGAUGGUGUCCACACAUUGACAUGUGCACUCAUGCUGUUGAACACAGAUCUACACGGCCAUAAUAUUGGCAAGAGGAUGUCCUGCUCAGAAUUCAUUGGAAACUUGGAAGGUCUGAAUGGAGGGAAAGAUUUUCCAAGGGAACUUCUCAAGGCUUUAUACAGCUCCAUAAAGAAUGAGAAGUUACAGUGGACAAUAGAUGAAGAGGAACUUAGAAGAUCACUUUCAGAGCUGGCUGACCCUAACCCCAAAUCCAUAAAGCGCAUUAAUAGCUGUGGAAAACCUUUCCUGGACUUCUCCCAGGACCCAAACAUUACUACCUAUAAAUAUGGGGUACUUGUGCGCAAAACCCAUGCUGAUCCAGACUGCAAAAAAACUCCUAGAGGAAAGCGAGGAUGGAAGACAUUCCAUGGGAUAUUAAAAGGGAUGAUCCUCUAUUUACAGAAGGAGGAGUAUAAGCCAGGAAAACCGCUUUCCGAAGAAGAUUUAAAAAAUGCCAUCAGUAUCCAUCAUUCUCUGGCCACUAGAGCCUCCGAUUAUAACAAAAGGCCAAAUGUCUUCUACCUUCGCACUGCAGACUGGAGAGUAUUCCUCUUUCAAGCUCAAAAUCCUGAGCAGAUGCAUUCCUGGAUCACCCGCAUUAAUGUUGUGGCAGCCAUGUUUUCUGCCCCACCUUUCCCUGCUGCUAUUGGCUCCUAUAAGAAAUUCAGUAGGCCUCUCCUGCCAAGUUCUAUAACACGGCUUUCCCAGGAGGAACAGGUGAAGACCCACGAAUCUAAGUUCAAGACCAUGUCAUCAAGUUUGAUAGAACAUCGAUCAUCUCCCCCAGACAAGAAGAUUAAAGGAAAAGAGAUUGAAGAAUUUAAACAGAAGGAAGACUAUUUAGAAUUUGAGAAAUCGCGUUACGGCACCUACGCAAUGCUCCUCAGAGCCAAGCUCAAGGCAGGCACAGAAGACCUGGAAGCAUUUGAAACAACUUUGUUUGACUCUGCAGAGAAUGAUGAUGAUGGGCUAAAAAAGUCUCGUUCUAGUCCCUCUCUAAACAUUGACCCACCACCUGCAUCUACCAAAGCCAAGUGCCACGUGUCCUCUCGCGGAAGCUGCAGACCAGCACACAGCAGCAGUCGGCAGAAAUCCUGAAUAAUCUGUUUGCUGCUAUGUUGGAGAGAUAACAUGAGGCCCUUCCUUCCUCUAUACCUAGCCCCUAAGGUUCAGAGCUGGUACCAUGAAGCGUUGCAUGAUUUAAUUCCUUUUUGCAGGUAAGCACUUUGCCAAGCUAAGCCUCUGCAGAGCCUUUGAGAACAGAGCUGGAAAUCCCUGCAAUCCUGGAUUAUGAGAAUCUUGUUGUACAAUCGCUAUUAGCACUGCCUAGUCGUACUGUAGGAGAGUGCGCAAGGGGCAAAGGGCAGGUGUGAAAAGCUGCUCGCUGUGUAUUUACCUGUGGCCACAAAUGAUUCUAAACUUCUGUUUUUAUAUUUAAAGCCAUUAAAAUCCAGUGGGACCAUAUUUUAGUUGUAAACUACCAAAAAAAAAAAAAAAGAAAGAAAUUCUGCUCAAUUAGCGUGGGACUAUUUUACAUACCUAAGUGGACUUCAUUGGUAAAUCUCAUACAGCACAUGAACUUUGCUACAAUGUAAUCUUUUUUUAUGAGAACAAUUAAAAGAUUAAGGCCUAACAUUCUUAACAAAAAAAGGGCAAUGUACAGAAUUUCUAAUUUUCUAUUUAAGAUGCCGAGUCUUGAUGUGGAGAAACGUUAGAACUGAGAACACACACUGGAUUUCCCAGAAGGCUUUGGCGUAUCGGCUUCUUUAUUUUAGGACGGCGCCAUUUUGAACCAGUUUCUUACUGGAUUCCUCCUUUUUGUGAUGUAUUUUUGCACUUUUCCUAUUUGCUGAGUCUAAGAUUGUCAGGCUGAUUUUUCUACAAUCUAUACUCUUUUUGAGGGCUGGGAAAUAUUCGUGACUAAACUUUUUGAAUGUCAGACUCCAUUAAAGCUCUGAAGGGAAAUUCACUUUCGCACAACAAUGGCAAGAGCAAUGCAAAUCUCUCUGCAUGCGCAACGAAUGAUGUGACAACGCUGACUUUUCCUUCCCCAUAGACAAUGGAACUGGCCAGUCAUCAACUCUUUUUGUUCUUUUUAAAUUGGACACCUGAUAUAUACCAGCAGAGUUUACCUAUAUCAGAGCUACUGAAGUGUGGGAAUAUGGGAAUGUAGAAUAUAGCUGUUAUCUCUUGUGAAUUACCUAGGUAUGCUACCCUGGCAAGUGAUGUCAGAGGUGUUGUGUGGCCCUUCAAUUUUGUGAACUACAACUCCCAGCAUCCCCUAAUUUGCAGCUCAUAAUAGUUGGUGGGCCACAUUUCUAAUGCUUGGUUGAUAAAAAAGCAAGUGUUUCACUCUUUAACUUAGAACAGGCAGAGGGCAGAUAGGAAUAGGAUAAAAGGUUUGUCAUUUUUCAACAAUGUUUGCUUAUUCCAGUUUUAAAGUACCAUAAUGAAUACUAACAGGGUAGCCCAAAAUGUCAUACUAAAUGAUAUACAAUAAUAAUAUACAAUUCUUGUGAGUAAUAGGAUAUUACUUCAAAGUCAUAUGGGUCUCAUUUAUUACAUUUUGGGCAAAUCUUCCUCUGUGCACCAAUCAGCAAUUGUCUUUUAGAGUAAUGGAUAAGAAUCUCUGAUUAAUUGCUGUGGGUCCAGAAAUGAUAUUUAAUUAGAAUGGUACAGAUAUCCUUACACAGACUGUUUCAUUUAUCCAGUGAUGUAUUAGGAAAUGAAAUGUACAUUGCGGUUGUCUCACGUGGAAAUGACUAUUUGGUUUUGGUCCCAGAAGCAAAAUAAAUUAAUUAAUCUUAUAUAGGAACUCAAGCAGACUUCCCUGCAGCAAGUUAUAUUCUCUUAACCAACCCCUCCAUUCUCCUCAAGUACAGAAUUAGGCAAAACACAGGUACAGUGAGAAUUUACUGAUAUAUAAAAGGUAAAACUAGAAUGCACAUAUUGUUACUAGAAAUAAAAGCCAUAGCAUCACAGGAGAUAGGCCCCUUUACUAUUCUUCUUGUAACAAACAGAGGAAGGAUGGGGGGUAUUUAAAAGGCAUAAAAAUGCAUCAUAGUUCUAGCUAGCUUUAAACGCAAGUCUGGCUAAAUAAAUAUAUAUAGUGUUAAUGUCUUUCCUUCACAAGUCGUCUUGCUGGUAAAAACAAGUUAUUUUUAUCUGAUGCUCUCUAAAGAGAAAACAAAAACUUCUGUAUAGGGUGUAUAGGGUUCCCUUCACUUCUGGUAACUUAGCGGUAAAGGUCAUUCUACCCUUGUAGUAUUGUUUUCUUAUUUUCAACUAUUCACAAGUUUAAGUUUUCACAGUGUCCAUUCAAAUAUCCAAAUCUAUUUCAUAGGCCUCAUUCAAAAUAGGAGUCAAAGCUAUCACAAAUGAAUUGGAAAAAUUUUGUUUGAACAAGGAGACUUAAAAUUAGUUGAGAAGAAGCCUGACUGAGAGCCAGAGACUUGAAUUGCCUGCUUGUAGUGUGAAAUCUCAGCAAAGGGUUAAUGCAAGAACAACGCGAAUGGAAGCCGCUGAUACCAGAUAUAAUGCUGUGUUUUCCCAUGCAGGAAUAGACCCAAGUCUUGACCACUGUUUGUUACCACUCAAAACUGUGAAAAUAGAUUUUCAAAACCCCAAAAUAUGGGGAAUGCAUUUUCCUCAUAUGUAGUUGUGUAAAAUUGUGCCAAAUGUAAACUUUAAAGACCUCAUUGCUAGAAUAGGGCCUGGAGGCUGCCUCCCUGAGCCACUAAAUAUCUCUGUCUCAGUUCUGCUCCUCACCUACUAAACCCCUCAAAUCUGUCCUACAAGGAGUUCAGUCACUGGGACCUAUCCCAAAACGGUCCUUCAACGGACAUAUAAUGACCCAUGAUGCUUUUCAUUUCUACUUUUUAGAUUAGAAAAUAGUCUCAUAUAUCUAAAAUAUGACAAAUGUGUAUAAAAUAUAUAUUUAAGAUGUUCUGUUAUUUAUUUCUUGUUCAUAUCAGUGGCUUUUGGUUUUGCAAGUAGAGUACUUAAAGUUAAACUGCAAAAACUACAAACUGACCACACGUUUCUCUUGAGCAGUAACAAAACCUGCUAAAAAAAUCUAUUUAUUCUUUUAUCCAGAUAAAAUUGAAUUUUCAAACUGUUAAAAAUUCAAACCAGUAUAAAGUUAUGUAGUAACAAACUUUAAUUAAGGUAACUAUGGUACUUGCCACACCCAUAUUGGGCUUCUAUAAACCUUGUCUUUUAUGAUAUAUAUGUAAUUUCCCAAGAAAGUUUGUAUUGAGAAGUUAAAUUGAAUGUAAUGUUUCUAGAAUUUUAAGCAUGCAGCAGUUCUGGAGAAGCCUGGGAGUUGUGGCACAUUUACAUAUAUAUAUAACCAAUAGGAGGAUUGCAGAGUACAUUGGUGUAAAGUGCAAGUAGAGUGAGGUCUAUGUUAUUCAUUGUCAUUUAUAAUCAGUGUUAUUUCUGUGGGCCAAAAAGUCUUUAUUAGAGACUUGAACCUAAAAAUAACUAAAUUCAGUAUUUUAUGAUAUCAUUCACAAAUAUAUGUGUAAACAUUGUUAUACCAAGACAGAUCCCAGGGUAUUUUAGCAGGCACACUCGCUAUGUGAGUGCCAGGCAGCUAUAGUUAUUUUGUCAGUGACUAGAGACACAAAGCCCAAUGUGCCUAAAUAUAAAGAUUUAAAGAAUAUGAUUUAUUUCAUGAUCACAGACAUAAAUGUCACAAUAAUACAUUUACUAUCUAUGAAUUUCUUCAGAAAAGGUCCUGGCAAGAAACUAUGGGAAUUCCUGCAGACUGCUUCAUGGUAUAAGAAAAUGGGGAAUAGCCAUGAGAAUGACUCACAAAAAUGCAAAAAACUACAAAAAUGAUCAGCAGACACUAAAAAUGCACUCACGAUCAUUUCAAACUAUGAGCUGAACUGAGCUGUUAUGCGAUUGGCAGCAACUGAAAAUUCACAGGGGUCCCAAGUGGCCCAACACCAGUAUGAAGCUUCUCUCCUCCUCUCCUCACAGCAUUCCUGUAACUGUAAUAGCAAGAAAUGCUGUAUGUUUCUAUCAUCACAGGUAUUCUGAACUAUGGUCUGGUAACCAUGUAGGGGUCCUCAGCAUAUAUAUAUUUGUGAAUGUUGCUAGCCACUUGUGUUUCAGGCUUUUUCCAAAGAGUCAGUCUGACCAAAAAAGGCCUGAGAUUGCAAAUUCCCAUAAGAAAAGUGGAUUUUACUUAUUGCCAAACGACACAAUUCCAACCAGCAGUUCACCUGGACACCAGCGUAUCACUGGGAAAUGCCAACAGAUGUACAUAAGGCAGUUAGCAGCUCCCAGAAUGAUCGUACAGCAGUUACAGCCAUUCUUUAUGUAGUCUGGUCCUUUUCUGGAUCAAAUCAUUUCAUUUUUCUGAAAUAUAUUUUUUAUUUCACUGUGAGGCAGAUUUAUCAAAGUGUAAAAUUAGAGCUCACUACAAUAACAUUUCUAUGGGAUUUUUAGAGGCAUAUUCAGUAUAUGGUGAACUCUAACUUUCACCUACAGUAUUUAUAACACACCUGAGCUCUAAUUUCACACUUAAAUAAAUCUUAAUUUUACAUGACAAGGGUUUUUUUUGUCAAAUCGAGGCACUUACAGUGUAGGGUUCAUACAUUAUACACACUGGGGAUUCAAGUACAAUUUUUGCUAAAAUAAGAAUAAUAUGAUAUAAAAUGCCAGCAACACUCCAAAUAUUUACAGAUUACAUUAAUGCUCACCAAUGUAACAAUUUCCUUUUCAGUUAUCCUUCAUUGCAUAGGUAGUAGACUAUAAAAUGACAGCAAGGGGCAGAAUUAUAUAAGUUUGGAAUUAGAGCUCAUCUCAGAAACAUUCACCCACUCUCCGUUUCUUUAGAAUUAUCAAUGGGUGAAAGUUAGAGUUUCCUAUUUGAUAAAUACACUUCUAAAAAUCCCAUAGGAAUGAAUAACAAGUGGGUGAAUUUUUCUGUGCUGAGCUCUAAUCUCACAUGUUUAGUGUCGGACUGAGAUGCCAGGGACCCACCAGGAAACCUUGGGCCACAGGCCCACUCUCUAAACUAUUAUUCCUCCUCUCCUCCCUCAACCUCUUUAUUAUCCAAGUCUCUUCUCUAUCCUUCCGUCUUAUUUCCCUUACAGAAAUAGGGAAUGCCCAUGCAAUUGGCCAAAUAGUUAGAAGCAGCAGGGCCCACUAACACGUGGGCCCACCGGGUGUUUUCCUGGUAUCCUGAUGGGCCAGUCUGAAAUUGCACAUGUUGAUAAAUCUGCCCCCAAGUCUGUAUCCAACCUAAAAUGAAAAAUAUCUUGCUAAUUGGAAACAUUUGUAGGAUACCCUGACAUUUCUAUUGGAAGUGUUAAUGGGACAAUUUCAACUAACAAAUGUGACUGGUUCCGACAUUAAACGCUAAAACGCUACUCCUGGUUGCCAAAGUCUGUAACUUUAUGUAAGAAAACAGAUUUCCUGUGUCUUACAGUUUUGUAAUGUUUUCUAUAAAUCCCUGGGAAACAGAACUUUUCAAAUACUUUUAUAAGAAGAUAAAAAUGCUAAAUGUGCCCCAGUGUAACCAAUUGAGAGAAAGGAAGGGGAGGUCCCUACAGAUGUUCCAACACACGGCAAGAUCAGAUUUUGCUUUGUGGCUCUGUAGCCGCAGGCGCUGAGUGCAGAAAAAACUGAUCACGGUUGUGAAUGCAUUUAAUGCAUAUGAAAUUACUACGUGGCGAAUGUCUGUGGCUAUGUACCAUAACAAAACCAGGCGUCUAGGUGUUAAUAUAGCUUGUGAGUGCUGUUUGAGCAACAGUAACAGCACAAAAUUCCCAGCUUGCACUGCAUUUUCUAUUAGUUUCCUUCCAAUGAUUCCCUUAUACAUCAUCUUCAUUAUUACAUGUCAUCAGUGGGCUCUGUAAAUAUCAGUUGCAGAACUCCAAAUUAUACAAUGAAAAAUGUUUUGUAGAAUUAUAAUGUGCGAAGGACACCAGUUCUGCAGCCCCUUUAUCAAGCUUGGUAACAGAUAAGAACAAAAUGUUUCCCUCCAUCACGUGUCCGAAGCCAAUAAUAUAUAUAUAACUGCUCCACGGGUGCACUCCGAGUUUAUAUGGUAUAAACCAAGUUUACUUAUUUUGGGACAUGGCAAAUAAAAAAUAUAGUGCCAUUUGCGUAACAAAGUGUUAAAAUAAUUAUUCUGUAUACAUUUCAGUUCAUUAUUUUUAAUAAUUUAAUUAUAAUUCCAUAGGGAAAGUUAAUGAUCCCAAACUGUUCCUGUGAUUUGCUGGAGAGAUAAAAACUGCAUAAAUGGAAGUAUUUGUAAAUGGAAAGAACAAGAAAGUAUAUGAAGUUCAUCUCAAACAGACCUCCUGACUGGCCCUUGGCUAGUAGUCCUGCUGACUGCCAGGCAGGUAGAAGAGUCAUGUGACAGCACCCCCUUCCCCAGUUUAUGUGCAACAGACCUCGGCCAGAGAGAGCAAUUUGAAUGUGGAUAUAUAGCAAGUGGUUCCGUAGCAAUACCAUUCCCUCUACUUCCUGUGCCUGAUACGGGCAGGGUUUGCUAACCAUGAUGGCCUGCAGGAAAAGACAUUAAGCUUAACAUUUAAUUCUCAAACAUAGGGUAUCUACGCCUCCUAUCUUGGCUAAAUAUCAGACGUGCUGAUAUAAUUAAAAGACAUUAUUUUAUGGCCACUUUGCCUGUGAUGACAGUAGCAUAGUCCUAAAUAUCUGUGUGCCCGUGGCUGAGGGAUCAUCUCUCUCUCUCUCUCUGUAAUACUUUGACCUUUCUAAAAAAAAUCUAGUGGAAAGGGGAUGUAAUAGUUCUCUGGUUUCUACCUCCUGAUGUGAUCUCAGUGGUUGCCAAGCAACAGCACAGAAGACACUAAAAAUGUAUAAAAGUGGGGACUUUUGGGGUGGAAACAUUUCUCAGAAUGAAAACAACACAUGACUACAUCACUGGUAUUAUUCCCCCUUACAAUUUUUAAGUAAGUUAAAUGAGCCCCAACAGGUUUGGGAAAUCAUUUUUAUAUGCAUUUUAUCAUAAGGAGUUGUAUGUAUCAUUCAGUGCAGAUAUAUAGAUGCCACCUACUGCCAUUUGAAGGGAAUAUUUGAUUAACAUAAUCAUUUUAGUUCUGGGUUAAUAUUCUUCUGUUCAUGUCAAAUUCGGAUUCCACAAGCAGAACGGAAUUUUCUCCACAAUAAAUGAAAGCUAUUGUACGUAAGUAGAAGAUGGAGUGAUAGAAUAUGACAUAGAGGUCAGCGCUCCAUACGUUCCAGCCUUAAGCAGCACAUAUUUCCUGGCUAGACUGCGACUGUACGAGCUUUGCCUUGAGACGUUCCCUCAUUAUCCAGUGGUUGGUGUGGAUCAGCGAGUGAAGGUCUGACAAGCCCUGACCCUGUAUGCAUGCUUUCAGCAGCUAUUUCAUACGCAGGGGCAAGAUAUUCGGAUCUCAAAGGGGGGUCAGCAAUGCAUUUCGGUGUAUAUUGUGUGUGAACACGGUAAUGGUUUUUCUUUUCCUGUUAGAUCAGUGCUAUGCUUUGUGUAAUCAAAUAAAGAGCAUGAUUUUCGUUUCCUCAUUCCUUUGUAGUUUUGGGAUUGCAAUGUUCUGCGCAUCCUGCAGCACAAAAGGGCCCUGCGGUUUCUGAUCAAUGUUCUUUCCUAAUGUUUAACCCUUUAGCUGCCAGAAGGACUGGCUCCAUGGCUGUGCCCCUUUAGCAGCCGAAGGACUCUGUUUCUAGACAUGAGGCCAGUGGCUUGUACGUAUUUUGCUCAGAGGAUGUACUUACUGUAUCACUAGUUAAUAAUGCUAAGAAUGUUGAAUACAAUGUUUUUCUUUUCUCUUCUGGUUGACUGCAAGUCAUGCAACUGAAAAAAAUGCCAAACUGUUUUUCUUUGUAAAAAAAAAAAAAAAAUAUGUGUUCGGUUUUUCCAUACGUUUAUUAAAUUAAAACAACACUGUUA